AUGAACAUCGUGGAGACGCUCUUUGGACGGACGAAGACGCCGGCCGAGCGGUUGCGGCAACACCAGCGCGCGCUGCAAAAGGCGCAGCGAGAGCUGGACAGGGAGAGGAGCAAGCUCGAGCAACAGGAGAAGAAGCUCAUCAUGGACAUCAAGAACGGGGCGAGGAAGGGAGAGAUUGGCUCGUGCAAGGUCAUGGCGAAGGACCUCGUCCGAACACGGCGAUACGUCUCCAAAUUCUACACCAUGAAGACGCAGCUGCAGGCGGUCUCUCUGCGGAUUCAGGGGAUGAGGAGCAAUCAGCAGAUGGCCGAGGCGAUGAAGGGAGCGACAAAGGCCAUGUCCCUCAUGUCCCGCCAGCUCAACCUCCCGCAAAUCCAGCGCAUCCUGCAAGACUUUGAGAAAGAGUCGUCGAUGAUGGACAUGAAGGAGGAGAUGAUGGGCGACGCGAUCGACGAUGCGAUGAAGGAUGAUGUGGGCGAGACGGAGGAGGAAGAGGGAGACAGGAUCCUCGAGGAGGUGUUGGCGGAGAUUGGCGUUAGCGUCGGUCAGCAGCUCGGCGAAGCACCGACCGCACUCCCCGCCUCGAAAGUCUCCGAACCAGGCGUUCGUCGCGCAGUCGCAGUCGGCGAGUCGGCUGGACCUUCUCUUGGUGGCGGAGCAGCGAGCAGCGCAGGACCAGCAGGUGGAGACGCUGGAUUGGAUGACCUGCAGGCGAGGUUGGACAACCUGAGGCGGGAUUGA